CCUUGAAGGACAGUCCUCGACAAAGUGUGUUGCCGGGUCACAUGACCAAUGUGAGGUCGAGAUGGCUAUGGCGAUAAGUUUCGGGGUGGAAGUGAUCACUGGAGUGCAUGGUGACCUGUCCCAUAUAUACCCACUCUGUGUCCUUCGAUUGGUGGGCGUGAAAGGGCAAGGGAAACUUCCCACACGGAGCAUGACAUAAACAUCGAUCGUGAGGAGUACAGCAGCUCAUACAAUUGAGUGAGCAAAGAAAAAAUGAUGCAUUUAGUUGUUCUGGCGAUAGCAACAUUUCUGAAGCUGUCUUCUGGCUUGGACAAUGGACUAGCACUUACACCUCCAAUGGGAUGGCUUUCUUGGGAGCGUUUUCGAUGUAACACAGAUUGUAAGGACUACCCAGAUAUUUGUAUAGGUGAAAAACUAUACAUGGAUAUGGCUGAUAGAUUAGUAGCUGAUGGCUAUAAGGAAGUUGGCUACGAAUAUGUUCACAUUGAUGACUGUUGGAUGGCAGAAGAAAGAGACAACAAGACAGGAAGGCUAGUGGCAGAUCCAGCUCGUUUUCCAAGAGGAAUGAAGGCUUUAGCUGAUUAUAUUCACAGCAAAGGCCUGAAACUUGCAAUCUAUGAGGACUUUGGCAGCAAAACCUGUGCAGGAUAUCCAGGAAGUGAGUUUUAUCUCAUGACAGAUGCAAACACCUUUGCAGAGUGGGGUAUUGAUAUGCUGAAAUUUGAUACCUGCAACAACAACCAUGAUGAUCUAAACUAUGGAUUUCCAGCAAUGGAGAUAUUUUUGAACAAUACAGGGAGACCCAUUCUUUUUUCAUGUGAAUGGCCUCAUGCACUUCCAACACCAGACUAUGCAGCUGUAAGGAAAUCCUGCAAUAUGUGGCGUGUGUAUAGAGAUGUAGAGGACAGCUGGGAUACUGUUACUGAUAUCAUCAACUUUUAUGCUCAGAACAAAGAGUGGUUCAGUAACUACACAGGUCCAGGAGGCUGGGCAGAUCCUGAUAUGCUUGUGGUGGGUGACUUUGGACUAAGUGACAGCCAACAAAAGGCACAGAUGGCUAUGUGGGCUAUGUUUUCUGCCCCUCUCCUUAUGUCUGUUGAACUCCGCAACAUUGAUCCUAGGGCCAAAGCACUUCUACAGAACAAGAAUGUGAUAGCCAUCAAUCAAGACCCACUUGGAAAUCAAGCCAUCAAAAUUUACCAAUUUCCAGGAACACAAGUAUCAGUAUGGCUCAAGCGACUGUUUGCUGAAGGCAGCUUUGCACUUGCGUUUCUCAACAUAAAUGGUGGAGGAGGUUUCACACCCUGUCAAACAACCUUGUUCUUCCUUGGCUUAAGAAAUACAAAUGGUUAUAAUGUGACUGAAAUUUUUGAAAAUGUGCCAUUUGGCAUCUAUAAACCAACAGAUAAGUUUCUCGUUAAUGUUUUCCCAUCUAGCAUAGUUUUUCUAAAGGCGGUACCUUUGUAGGCUUAAUAAUGAUGAUAAUAAUAAUAAUGAGUGCUUAUAUCAUGCAGCAUCACAACCAAAGCAAGUCACACUCUGUGCUGAUCAACAAUAGUAAAGAAAUGACAUUAAAAAUAUUUUUUUUACAAGAAUAGUCUCUCUUUGCAACUAAAAAGAUGUUUGAGUGUUGAAAAGAAUAUGUCUUUAAAUGUCAUAUGGCAUUUGAAUAAUUUGAACUUUUAUUGAUUGAUUAUGUGAUUAUUAAUGUGACCACUGUUAUCCUUCGUGGAUGACACUCAGUUUUACACGUCUUCCCUGAGACUGGACACACCGCUUUUCAGAACUCAGAAUCUUAUAUCUUACUAUAUCUGUCUCUAAACACACAUUAAGAAAAACCUGCAGAUUCAGAUCACAUGUUUCAGUCUGGCUGUUGUUUGUAGCAUUUGCUUUUUUCAUUUGUUGUACAAUUUCUACCAUUCAUAUUGUUCAUGUUCUUGAUUAGCGCUCAGAGCAUGCCACUGAUGUUGUGGUAGAGACCUACACUAAUGUACAUUAUUAUCAGUGUUAAUGUUUUUAUUAUUGUUACUGUUCCUGUUAUCAAUGUUAUGAGUAGACUUACUGGGAUUCUUAAUAAAGAAGUAAUUACUUCUCCUUUUAA